AUGAGUGUUCAUCAGUUGAUUCACUUGCAAACUGAACAUUUUCUUUAUAGAUUCCACAACGACUUCAUCGACAAGAAGCUACGAGGGUCGCUGUUCGUCAGACAGUUCACCUCACGGCCGGAAUUGUUUUUUAGGCGAAGUGAUCUGGAGUCGGGACAGUUCUCAGUACACCAUCAUCCGGUGGUUGGUAACUUUGACGAUUUGAGUGACGGACAGUCUGAAUCCGAGGAGCAACCUGCUGAGCUUGUCCCGCUAGGCAUGCGUACGUACAACUUGUCCGGCUGCAAAACUCAUCGCAAGAAAGUUCGAACCCUAUUCACAGAUUUUUACAAACUGACGGAUGAUCAUCUUGGAGCGGGAUCUUAUGCAAGCGUGAAAACGGGUGUUUCGCUGGCUACUGGUAAAGAAUUCGCAGUGAAAUUAAUUGAUAAGCAUGAAGAGGGUCAUACACGCUCACGUGUUAUGCACGAAGUUGAAACGUUCAAUCUGUGCAAAAAUCAUCCGAACAUCGUACAGCUGCACGAGUGGUUCGAAGAUCAGGAUCGAUUCUAUUUGGUGUUUGAGAAGAUGCGAGGCGGCCCACUUCUCGACCACAUACAACGAAAAAAAUUUUUCACUGAGCAAGAAGCAAGCAAAGUGACAAAAGACAUUGCCACAGCACUGAAAUUUUUACAUGAUCGAGGCAUCGCUCAUCGCGAUGUGAAGCCAGAAAAUGUGUUAUGCUCGGAUCUCGAUCGUGUAAGUCCGGUGAAAUUGUGUGAUCUCGAUUUGGCAAGCAAGGCGAGUCCACCAUCACCGCCUCGGUUGACCAAUGUCAACAGCGAGCCAGAUCUUGCGAGUCCGGUGGGAAGUGCUGAAUUCAUGGCUCCGGAGGUGGUGGAUGCAUUUGUUGGAGAUGCACUGAAGUAUGAUAAACGGUGCGAUAUCUGGUCACUUGGUGUGAUUGUUUACAUUAUGAUCUGUGGCUAUCCACCGUUUUAUGGUGAAUGUUGGCGUGAAAACUGUGGCUGGGAUCAGGGAUUGUCAUGCAGAGAUUGUCAGGAAAGCUUAUUCAAGCGUAUUCAGCAGGGCGAAUUUGAUUUUCCGAAGCCGGAAUGGGAGAAUGUGAGCGAGGAGGCAAAGGAUCUCAUUUGCCAUCUGCUGCAUCCAUGGGUGAAAAAUGGUGCGCCAGAAACCGAAUUGCAAACGCCCGGAAAUUUGUUCCGCAAUGAUAGUACACGUGAUGUACAUCAGCUGCAGGAGCACUUCAACGUGAUGAAUCGCAUUGUUGCAGCGCGACUCAGUGCUCGCAUGGAGCAAAGCGAACACGAUUCCGAUGAGUCAUUCGAUGAGCGGCCAGUUCUCAAGAAGACGCCGGAAUAUAAGAUAUCGAAAGAUAUUGUUUCAACGGAGAAAAGUCCCGCAAAAUGUGUGGAACUAAAGCAACCGUACAAUGUAGUCACUGCGAAAGUGGAAGCAACAUUCCGUGAGCAACCGAAGCCGCCAGCGAAUAAUACAGCCAAAGUUGUUGGUAGUCCAGAAAAGCAGCGAUCGAAAAAGAAGACUCCGAAAAUGGUUCGCAAAGUGCCAAGUCAAGGCAACGGUAUCCAGCGCCCUGCUCCAAUACCUUUCAUUAACGGUCUCAACGGUGCUGCUCAGUAUCCACUGCAUGUCGCGCAGAUGUCAUUGGCUUCUCCAUUACCGUACUCAGAUGGAGUGCCACUAAUGCAAGCUCAACAGCAGCAGCAAGUUAUGCCACCUCCGCCUCCGGCCUUCCAGCCCGGUCAGAUCGUCAAUAUGAAUGGUGUUGUUGUUUAUCCCGGCAUUCUUCCGCAUGCCUUCUAUCCUCCACAGCAAUUAUCUCCUCAACACAUGUAUCGCGUUGUGCCGCCACCAUAUGUGACUGGUCCUGCAGUUCAGAUGGCGCCACCAUAUCAGGCCAACUACGAAAACGGGGGUAUCCUCUACGAGCCAAAUCGGGAACAGCAGCAGCAGCAGCAACUUCUGCACCUGCAAUGCAACGGGCUGAUGCAGUCUUCCCAGCUGUAUCCGCCAGAUGAUGCUCAAAUUAGACGUAGUAUGGUAACGGUUCGUUCAGCAACGGGUCUUUCCCGAGCAUCAUUUGGCAAUACUCAUCAUCAAGCCGAGCAAUUCGAAACAUGCCAAGGCGCUAUGGCUAAGCAGGUGGAUGAGGAGGUAUGUUCCAAGGUGAAGUGUGUAUAG